AUGCCAUUCAAGUUACCAUACACAAGCUAUUCUGGUGACCAUUUUUCAUUAGCACGGAUGCAGGUAAAAUCGUGCACUUGCGUAAAUACGACGCGGAAAUACAACUGCCAAUACGGAAUUUCUAAUAAGCGUAAACAUGCCAAGCUUAUAUACGUCGAACUUGACAAGAAAAAAAAACUUGGUGCAUUCAGUUUCAUUCUGCAAUUGCAAACGGUAAACAUCUGGCAUCAUUUGUCUACUGUAAAUCACACUACUCGAAGUUUCAUUCUUCACUUGGAUGAUAUCCGUUCCCAAAUGCGUCUACGUGAGGCUAACAGUCACGACCAAACGGCCGUUGUAAACGUAGCAGACGAAUCGACCAGCCGGUCUCAAGUCGCCGCUUCAUUUGCUCGGCUUGGUUUGACAUCAGACUCGCCAUACCAUGUGGCAAUACAGAUUCGAGUAUCUGCUGCCAGCGAACAUUGCUUGGGCGAAAUUGGGCCGGAGUCCAACUGGUUCGUCGUACCUUUAUCUCCAUCAAAGAACAUCCUACAUCAAAGGUGGUGGUUUUUACUCCUUUUGGCGUUCUGUGCCACCUUGACAAUCAUUGGCUUAGGUUUCCUUUUCUACACAAGUGUGAAGCGCCAAAAUCUACACAACUCUCGCUAUCUCGCAAGGAAGUUUUCCGGUCACAUUGCAUCGGACAAGCUGCCAGACUGUUGUAUGAGCUUCGAGCCAUGCCCAAUGACAACCACACAUGCGAACGUAAAUGGUCACAGAGGCAACGAAAAAGCUAAUUCUCUUGAAUUUCCUCUCCUACUGAGCGAGCGUUAUGUGCAGCCGUCGGCACAUUGUAUGUAUACAAGCUUUGUUGGCAGCUGUGCACGAAGCCCAAGAAUAUCUGAAUUGCAACAAAGCCCCAUGGAGCCCUGGAUGUCAAGUCCUCCGCCAUGGGACACUGGAACACUUCAAACGGUGGAUCUAUUGGGUCUCGAUGAGUCACCGAAUAAUUCAAGGCACUCCCUGGAGUUCGCUGGUGAGUGUGUUAAUGCUCCUAUAACCGCCAGAGAUCCAUGCAAAUUGUGA